AUGGAUGGUUCUAUGAUGUUUGUCUUUUAUCCAGGGAAAUCAAACAAUGAUUUGACCGUUAGUGUUCGGUCUACUAGUGGCCAUUAUCCGCCUAAACCCCCGCCUGAGCAUCCUGCUGUUCGGGUUCAUCGAAGCUUUAUUGAUUCGCAGGGAUAUCACCACGCAGAGGUCAUCUGCUACUCUUGUGAUAAAUGGGACGAAAAUGGAGUGGACGUACUUUCAGGCCAGCAGCGUUGGAUAUGGGCCGCAAACGGGCUCCAGUCGACUCAAACAUCUGAUUUGAAUCUUCCCCUGCAACGGCAUGUAGAUUAUAAUAUAAUGUCCAUGAAUAUGGCCUCGAGUAUUUCCUUCACAAACGACCGCCAAUUUCCACUUAUUCAAGAUUCUCGAGGAUGUCAUGGUGCCGGUGAUGUGACGAACAUGUACACAAGAUCCAGAAAGUCUAGCGGAGUUUUGAUCUUAUGUCACGGGCUGCUCUUAGGUGGAGCUUUCCUCGUCGGGUUCCCCGCUGGAGUGAUAGCCAUACGAAUUGGUGGCAACAAAGCGUUCGUACAUCACUGGCUUCUUCAAGCAAUAUCACUCACAUUGGCACUAACUGGCGCUAUGACUGGGAUCUGGUUCUCAUGGUCUACUCCAAGGUUCGCCCAUUUUGACCACCCACAUCAAAUCGCGGGUCUGCUCAUCAUGUCAUCUCUGUUCAUUCAAGUUUUCCUUGGAAUCUGCCAUCAUUACAAAUUCCAGAAAACAGGUACCCGAUCAAGUGUCUCACACUGGCACAAGUUGAUAGGACGUAUAUCUAUUGCGGCUGGCGUUAUUAACACUGGAGGUGGUCUCUAUCUGAAACAAGCUGGUAUUGGAGCUUGGGCAAUCGUUUUACUUCUCGUAGCAUUGGACUUAACUGUUUUAGUUAUCUUCACCAGAAACAGGUCGAGGUCUUCUGAUUCUGGAACUUCAACUGCGUCUUACUUGCCGGUGAAGGGCGAGCACGUGGUUGAUGACUCGGUCUUCACAGUAGCGGACGAUAAGGAUAUAGAGGAAUAUUGA